AUCAAGCUCCCCUACUAUCAGGAUUGUGGAAGUCCUGGGCUCGCAAGAGGUGAAAAUGUAACUACCGCAUGGAAGAGAUGUUCUGAUGACUAUGACUGCUCGACACAAUGCGUCAACGCUUACAUGAAUCGUUAUAAAGGAGAAUGCGCUCUAAUUGGUGAAGAGGAAUGUCAAAUCAUGUCCCGCCUGCACAAUGGUGGCCCAUCUGGAUGCAAGAACCCUGCUACAGUCGGAUACUGGCAAGCCAUUCAGGAGUGCUGCGGAUGCACAUAA